AUUAUAAAACGUAAAACAAAUCCUUCAGCAACAGAUCAGUGAGUGUUUCCUAAACGCAGCAAAUACCCUGCAUUAUCAUUAUGAGAAUCUUCCAGCUUCUUUUCAUCCUGUGGGUGAACGUGAAGAAAUCUUCACAGCAGAAUGAAAUCAAAUGUGCAGUACCUCUUAUUAAAAAUGGUUUCACGCUGGGAGAUAUCCAAGAGUACGAACUGCAAAUGACUCUGAAUUAUGAGUGUAAUCCUCAAUACACCCAGCCCAAAGGAAGACCUUCAAAAUGCACAUCAGUUAUAACUUUUCGGGGACCAAGAGCGGAGUGGAGACCCACACCUGUGUGUGAACCAAUAAAAUGCAAAGUGUCACCGUCCCCACCCCGAGGAACCCAGUAUGAACCAUCUUUAAGUGUGUUUUCACCCGGUGACACAGUAAGAGUUACAUGUGCGGAGAAUUACUGGAUUUUGAACACUCGGACAACCUCGGUGGAGACGACUUGCAAACCUGACGGACAAUGGACCAACUAUCCAUUUUGCCAAGAGUUUUUAUGCAGCACUCCGAGAGACAAACAUUUGGAUUACUGGGGAGGCGGUUCUUUUGGGCCAGAUAGACUGGGUGACACUGUCAGUUAUUGGUGUAAAUCAGGCUACAAGAGCACAAAUGGCACUAGACGAGCCAUAUGCACCAGAGACGGAUGGAUACCUAAACCUUUUUGUCAAGAGCUGACAUGUAAAGCACCUGUGAUUGAAAAUGGUUUUGUGCUUGGAGGUAUCAAAGAGUACAAAAUAAAUGAAGUCCUGAAUUAUGGGUGCAACCGUAGUUAUUCUAACGCUGGGAGAGGGCCUUCUGAAUGUAGAGAAUAUGGACAUAUAGCAGACUGGAGCAUCCCACCUCUGUGUGAACCAAUACAGUGUCACCUGAUGCAGCCACCACUUAAAGGAACACAAUAUGAACCAUCAUUCAGAGGUGCGUUUUCACCUGGUGAAACGGUGAGAGUAAUUUGUGGAGCGAAUUACUGGAUUUUGAACCAUCAGACGACCUCAGCAGAGAUUACCUGCAAAGAUGACGGACACUGGAAUCAUCCACCAAUAUGCGAAGAGGUUAUAUGCAGGCACGUGACAGACCCACUUUUGCAAUUAUGGAGAGAUGGUCUGUGGCAAAAAAAUUAUCUCGGCAAAAAUGUCACUUAUACGUGUAAAUCAGGCUACAAGAACACAAAUGGCUCCACUCAGGCCAUAUGCACCAGAGACGGGUGGACACCAAAACCACUUUGUGAAGAAAACCUGGACGAAGAUGACGCGAAGCCACAAAACAUGACUAUUUAUUGAUAUAUGUUUUAAUAAUUUAUUUGAAUGUAGCAGUCACACAUUUGUAGCUCAGGAAGAAAUAAUGGAGUUCAAGUCUGUGAGAGGAGUCCACAUUAGUGUGGUUCUCCUACCAGCAUGAAUGUGACAUUAUACUUGUAUGCGUUGUUCCUGUCUUCAGAUAACUUUAAUAAAACCGAAAUGAAAA